AUGGGCGAGCAGGAGCGCAUGUUCGCGGGGCUGUGUCUUUGCUCCACGGGGCUGGAGCUUGACAUCAAGGAACAAGUGCGCAAGAUCGUCGUGGCGUGCGGCGGGCGCUUUGAGGACGACCUGAACGCAGACACCACCACCCACUUGAUCGCCGAGGCCGUGGGCUCUCUAAAGCACCGCGCUGCAGUGGCCCACGAGCUGCCCGUGGUGUCGCCCCGCUGGGUCUUUGAGAGUUUCCGGACCCAGAAGCUGCUGGACGUCCAGGACUUCGGCCUCCGGGUGCUGGAAGGCAUGGGCAUCUGCACGGCCGGCCUGACGAUGGAGGAGAAGGAGACGGUGGCGCAGCUGGCUGAGACCCACGGGGCUCAGUAUGAUGGGCGGCUGGAGCUGGGCUUCACGAGUGUGCUCAUUGCUCAGCACCCGGAAGGAGCCAAGUAUGAAGCGGCUGUGGCCAACGACAUCCCCGUGGUGCAUAUCGGCUGGCUGUACGCGUGCUUGGAGGGCCAGAUGCUGGUGGAUGAAGAGGAGUUCGCGCUGCGCCCGGAGGCGGAGGACCCAAGUCUGCAGCCAACGUACAUCGCUGUGAACCAGCAGAAAGAUGCCCAAGAGCUGGUGAAUGAACUGCCGGCGAUCGUGAGGAGAUAUCGUCGCAACCAGAGUGAAGAGGAGGACGACGGUGAGGAAGAAGACUGGAUGGAUCUGUUCGACGGCUGCGUGUUCUACUUGCUGGGCUUCCCGCCGCAGAUGAAUGCCCUAUUGCAGCGUCUUGUACGCACUGGUAUGGGUACGAUUUAUCAUAGCGUGGUGAUUCGGCAGGUGACGCAUGUGGUUGUGAGCGCGUCGCUGUCGGAUAAACACACGCUGGAGGCUGUUCGAUCCCGUGUGGUUGCUGGAAAUGCUGAAGGUGAAGUGCACUUCGUGUCUGCGAGUUGGAUCCUAGACUGCGUCAAGUGGUUGGACCUUCAACCGGAAGAGCUUUACCCUGUUGAGUUUGACGUGCACGCUCCGGAACCUGCACCAGGCGCUGUUACUGUUGUUCCAAAGGCCCCUGUGGUAGAGCGACGAGAAGUUGAGGUGCAAGAAGAAGCGAACCGAGAAGCACUCUCGCUGUCCGAGGACCUGCUGCAAAACGGCGACGGUAGCAGCAUUUUGGCGACCCCAGAGAAGCCCUCUUCGACGAAGAAGAGGACCCACAUCUUUGACGGCUACUCGUUCUUGUUGCUAUGUCGGAAUCCAGAAGACAGGCACAUGGUCAAGCCCAUGCUCAAGGAAAUUCGAGGGGACAGGGGAGGCGCUGAGGCUAUUGCACUUGCCGCCAUCGAUUUCCCGCACGUGGACCCGGAGCAGUUCUCGUUCGUGAGCCACGCAGUAGUAUGCACCGGUGCGGUUUUGGACGAGCAGGAGGCUUUGAGAGUGCAAGAACGUAUUCACAGCAUCCAGCGCGAGCAACGCAACAACGAAGUUGAAGAGGAGAAUAACGCAGAAGGGGAUGAAGCCGACGGCAGACCGCGAAAACGAGCACGACACAAGCCUCGACAGCGGAUGUUGCAGUUCGUUUCAGACUUGUGGGUGAACUGCUCGCUGGCGGCGAGGACGAAGCUGUCGUUUUCCUCCCAUGACCUGUUCGGGGUCAGCUUGAACUAUCCGCGCGCGUUAUUUACCUCUCCGGUUCCUUUGCCCGGUUUCCACGAUGUGGUAGCUUCCACCUCGGUGUACAUCGGCAUUGAGCAGCUUGUUGUCGUGGAGUUGCUUCGGGUUGCCGGUGCUCAGGUGACGAGGAAGCUCAACACGAACAAUACUCACCUGAUUUGUCUCAAGCCAUUGGGGAUGAAGUUCGACAAAGCCACCAAGUGGGGUCUGCACGUCGUGAGAGCGCGUUGGAUAGUGGACUGCUUGUUGCAAGGCAAGCGUCUCAGCGAGGACUUCCCGGAUUUCCAGGUUAUCGAGGGCGACGAGUCCAGCAGCUUCACGCACCUUACGAGCGAGGAGACUAUGAUGUCGCAGUCUUCCCCGCGUUCUGCUACGACGUGA